CGGCCGGGUGGUGCCCGCAGGCCUGGCGGGUCGCGGUGUCUGCUGCGGGGGUGGGGAGGGGGGGGUGAAGGUGCCUUUCUCGGGGGGAAGGGUUUUGAGCCCGAUUCUCUGCACAACUGUUCUCCCUUCCAGGCUGCCAGGCGUUACCAGCUCAAUGACACCCGGAAAGAAGCUACAGGGUCUUGUAGCUGCCACGGUCACUCCAAUGACUCCUGAUGGACAAAUUAACCUUUCGGUGAUUCGUCAAUAUGUGGAUUAUCUGGUAAGCGAGCAGAACGUGAAGAAUGUUUUUGUGAAUGGCACAACAGGAGAAGGACUGUCCCUUAACAUCCAGGAGAGGAAGCAGUUGGCAGAAGAAUGGGUGUGCCAAGGAAAAGACAAAUUGGAUCAUGUGAUCAUUCAUGUGGGAGCACUGAGUCUGCCAGAGUCCCAAGAGCUGGCAAGACACGCAGCAGCCAUAGGUGCUAGUGCUAUUGCUGUAAUAGCCCCCUUCUUCUUCAAACCCACAAACAAAGGUGAGCUGAUCGCUUUCUUACAGAAGGUUGCGUCUGAAGCCCCUGCAGUUCCAUUUUAUUACUAUCACAUUCCUCCUCUGACGGGUGUGACGAUUCGUGUUGAAGAGUUGCUGGAUGGAAUAAAAGAGUGGAUCCCCACCUUCCAGGGCGUGAAGUUCAGUGACACAGACCUCUUGGACCUCGCACAGUGUAUAAACAAGAAUGAGAGAGAACAGUUUGUAUUUCUUUAUGGGGUGGAUGAGCAACUGUUGAGUGCACUGGCAGUAGGGGCAAAUGGAGCAGUUGGAAGUACAUACAACUAUUUGGGCCGAAAAACCAAUCUGAUGUUGCAAGCCUUUGCAAAGCCAGACCUUGCGUUAGCACAGAAGUAUCAGUUUCUCACUGGGGAAUUUCUCAACUUUGUCAUCAAACUAGGUUUUGGUGUUGCACAGACUAAAGCUGUAAUGACUUUUGUUUCUGGCAUUCCUAUGGGACCUCCACGGCUUCCGCUUGUUGAUGCCUCUGAGGAGUUCAUUGUCAAGGCCAAAGCCAAGCUGGAUAGCAUUGUGUGGCCUGAUGGUGAUUGAUAUUCACUUACGUGUCCAUCUGGAAGUGGAGGCUCCUUUUCUGGGAUUCACUGUCAUGUGGCACAUUCCCCACGUGAUGGGCUGCGAUUUCUUUCAGAGAACUGGCAAUGUGCCUGAGCCCCUUCCUGUUAGGGCUGGCUUUGUUGGUGCACAAGUAGCCGCUUUUUUGUGUAACUUUACUCCCCUCCCCCGGAGCUCUGCACAUUGCAGGACUAGCUGUUAUCUUUUUAAUUAAAAAAAAGCAAAUCUUCCCCAGUUGGAGGAUACUGACUCCUUUUGUGUAGAAAGGAGGAAGAUCUGUCUCCACCCUCCCUCCAGCUAGAUUAUGUUUUCUCCUCUACCUUCACGAGCACCGCACUGUGUGUUUAAACACUGGCACAACCCCGUCUGGUUGCUCAGACCAGUAUUUUACUCUUUGUCAGAAUCGUUGGGACCCUGACCGUGCAUGCAAAAUCCCGCUUUUGUCUUACUGCGUUUAUACACCUUUAGUUAAUGCAAAAUUAAAAAACCAACCAACCUUUUGCAA